AUGGAUUAUUUAUUCGUAAGUUAUGGGAUUGGUCCAUACGACUCAACGAAGCCCGACGCGAGCCAAAACAUCAAUCCCCUGGCGCCUCCAACUCGUCGACGACGAGGCAGCGGCCGUCGUUCUCACGUGUGCCCAAAGUGCGGUAACGGUUAUACCGUAAUCAAGAGCCUUAGACGGCACUUGCGGUACGAGUGCGGUCUGACCCCGAGGUUCAGGUGCCCUUAUUGCGGUACUCGCAGCAAGCAACGCGCCCACCUCCUCGGGACAGUCUCUGGACGCACUCCGCCGUGGUUUGCUGACGCGCAAGCCGAGCAGGUAAACGGAGAUCUUUGCGCGAGCUUGAACUUCUCUCAGGGUCAGGUGACGGGAUUAAUUCGCGACGUGAAGAUUAAACUGGAGGCUAGUCUGGAGUCCAGUUUGCAGAGCAUUUGUUCGGUGGUGAUGGAGGAGUCCCAGAAUCCCUUCAGCUACGAGGAUAGCAAGCCGCUCAACUCGACGAGGAGACGUCGCGGCGAACACGUGGAAGGUGACAUCGAAAGGCACACGUGCUCGCGAUGUUCGAAGAGCUAUAUACACGCGUGGCACCUAAAGAGGCACACGAAGUUCGAGUGCGGUCAGGAGCCGAGAGUCCAGUGUCCUUACUGCUCCGCCAAGAUGAAGCAACGCGGUCAUGUUUACAGGCACAUCCGCCAGUGCCAUCGGGGUCAGAAUGUCUACGUGAUCGAUCUUAACUGA